CGGCAAUAGACAACCAAACCUACCAUGGUUACAAUUCGAUCCAUCAUCUCGACCGCCGCACUGAAUAGCCUCUUGCUUUUCACCAGUCCAGCUGAAAGCGCAAGCGCCCCAAGCACGUACACGACCAAGGCUCCUGUCAUCACUACGAAGGCUCCUGUCAUCACCACGAAGGCUCCUAGCACCACUACCACGACGGCAGCUCCUGUAACUACCACGGUUGCACCCAUCAUCACCACGUCAGCACCUAGCACCACGACCAGUACGCCUACCAGCUUGACGGCCGAAGCCGACUCUCCCCCGUCUCGCUGCUGUUUUAACGACGGUGACCUUAUCAGUCUCCGAGCCGACACCAACUUGUUCAUGGGGCGCUGCUACGGGUGCGUGCCGGGAGGGGCGUAUCAGGACUCGGCUUUCGUGCACGUGCCUGAUCCGAAGGACGCUCCGUGGGCCCAAUGGAAGGUUUUCAAUACGUUGGACGGAAAGCUCGUGCUCCAGGCGGACACUGGCAAGUUUUUGAGCAGGUGCAACAACUGUGCACCCGGUGCAGCAUACCCUGACGAAGCCUUCGUUCAUGUGCAAGACUGGCACACGUCGCCGUGGGCCCAGUGGGUGUGUGUGGAUGCUGGUAACGGCAAAAUUGCACUGCAAGCCGACAGCGGACGCUACUUGGCCAGGUGCGAGGGCUGCAUUCCUCGAGCCUACCCAAACACGGCCUUUGUGCACGCCACUUCCGUCUCGGAGCCAUAUGCCCAAUGGGCAGUCGUGUCCAAAAAUCCAUCUGCCGGGCUGUGUGCCCCCAACGGCCCUGCCGUACCAAGCACCUACUAAGUGGUGUGUUCGAUGCUGUGAUUA